GGGGAAGAGAGAGACUCAAGAAUGCAGAAGAGAAUGGCUGUGAAAUCCGAGGGAACGAGACAGGAUUAAGGCUCUUUAAAUGGAUGGAUGCCCCUGUUCGUUUGAGGAAGCAGAUGGGGCUGCAAUAAGGCAGCCUCUGAAUGCACAGAGAGCCCCCCUCACCCCCUCACACACACACACACACACACACACACACACACACAAAAACCACACAAAUGCAAGGCGGAGGUUAAUUGCACAGAGAACCCCUCUUACGUUUUUUUGCAUCGGUGCGUUUUCUUCAUUAUUGCAGUUGAUUUGUCAUUCAGUGCAAAGUCUCCUAAGGAGUCUUUUCAAGUUAUACAGGUAGUCCUCAGCAUACAACCGCAAUUGAGCCCGAAAUCGACCUUUGCUAAGCGAGACGGUGAUCUAAGCGAGUUUCGCCCCACUUGAGGAUCUUCCUUGCCAGAUUUGUUAAGUGAAUCAACUGCUGUGGUUAAGUCCGCAACACGCUUGUUAAGGAAAUCUGGCUCCCUCUCUGACUUUGCUUGUCAGAACGUCGCAAGAGGGGAUCACGUGACUCUGGGACACCGCAAACCGUCGUAAAUAUGAGUCAGUUGCCGAGCCUCCGAAUGUUGGUUAGGUCACCAUAGGGCUGCUGCCCCGGUCGUAAGGAAAGAUCUUCUGGCUAGCUGGAAAUCAGCCCGUCUUGCCUCUUCGGUGAUCGUGUCCUUCAGGCGGGGUGUUACCAAACAACAAUCCACUGACUUUGUAGAAUCAAGAACUUGACCCUCUGGGCUUCUCGCUUCUCCAAAUUCCAGCUGUGUUGGUCCUGAAGAUGAGGACCAAGCAAGGAGACUCUUUGCCUGCCAGCCCAGAGUUGAGAGAGAGGCUGAAGCAGGAAGAGAAAAUGGGUGAACUGGAUGUAGUAGGCCCCCAAACAGCUCCCCAGGCUUCUCUCGCCUUCCAGGCUGGUAGGAAUAGCAGGGAAAGAAAGGGGUCAGCCAUCUUGGAUGAGGCGAAUGCCAUCCACUCGGACACAUCCCAGGAUCAGAUGCAAAAUCAGGAAUCGCAGAGGCAGAAGCUGGCAGAAGAUGUCUUACUGGGGAAAGGAGAAGAAGAUCAGGGGCCGGUGACUUUUGAGGAAGUGGCCGUGCGCUUCAACAAGGGCGAAUGGGGGAUGCUGGAUCCAGAGCAGAGGGCUCUCUAUCGGGAAGUCAUGGUGGAAAACUACGGGACUGUGGUCUCUUUGGGUGACACCUGGGGGAAGGAUGGCGAGAAUAGACCUGUUGGUACGGUGCCCAGUGAAGGUCCAGGGAAAGAAGCAGAAGACAACCUGUGGAAUGAGAGGGGGGGGAAGGAAGAAGAAGAGAACCAACCGACUGAGACGUGGCCAAAGGAAUCAGCAGAGGAUGGGACAAUUGCUGGAACAGACACUGAGACCGCUGGAGACCCCGAGUCCAAGGUGCUCCCAUCAGCACUGCCAGGAAGAUCACCAGGAAAGAUCUCUUUUGUGAUGGGGACGACUGAAAGUGACCCCUGUGAAAGUGGAAGUGAAUGGGAGCCGUACGGGGUGCUGUCAGAAGAGACAGAGGACGAAGAAGACGCCGUAAGCCACUUUGGGAACCUCCAAGAGCCAGGAAAGAGUAAAGGAAGCCAACCCGAAGAGUGGCUGAAUGAAGACAGUUCCCAGGGAAGCGACUACACUGCCAUGCUGGCGCAACAAAAGGCCCACAAGGGCAAGAGGAAGAACCAGUGCAAAGUGUGCGGGAAAAGUUUCACCCGGAAGGCGAGCCUGAAAGUUCACCAGCGCAUCCACACGGGCGAGAAGCCCUAUAAGUGCACCGUCUGCACCAAGGGCUUCUGCGACAAGACCAGCUUCCUUCGCCACCAGAGGAUCCACACUGGGGAGAAGCCUUACAAGUGUCCCGAGUGCGGGAAGAGUUUCAACCGGACUACCAACCUGAUUACCCACCAGAAAACCCACGUGGAAAGCCGGGAGAAGACCUUCCACUGCUCCAGCUGCAGCAAGAGCUUCUACAACAAGUACAGCCUGAAGACCCACUGGCGGAGCCACACGGGGGAGAAGCCCUACAAGUGCUCCAGCUGCAGCAAGAGCUUCUGCGACAAGUCCAACCUGGAGGCCCACUGGCGGGUGCACACCGGAGAGCGGCCGUUCGAGUGCUCGGAGUGCGGGAAGAGCUUCAGCGACCGCCGGACCCUCCUUCGCCACCAGAGGAUCCACACUGGGGAGAAACCCUACCGGUGCACCGAGUGCGGGAAGAGCUUCAACGACCUGGCCACGCUCCUCCGGCACCAGAAAAUCCACACGGGAGAGAAGCCCUACCAUUGCACCGAGUGCGGGAAGAGCUUCAACCAGAGCUCGCACCUCAUCCGGCAUCAGAACACGCACGACGCCAAGCGCCAUAAAACCUUGGAACCCAAGCGCGGCGCAAAGGCUUCCGUCGGGACCAAUAUCUUUUUGGAUAUUGGGAGCUUUGCCCAGGGGAGCUAUUACCAGUAUGCCCACCCUGCCGAGCCGUUUCAUUGGCCUCUUUCGACCUACUCGUCUUCCGCCGAGCCGGGAGAAGCAGGCAUGCCGAACCUGUGGACUAUUCAGGAGACCUCAGUGGGCGAUCAAGCCAUCCUGGUUAUGAAAGAAUUCACAGAGGAGAGGACCUUAGCCCUGUGAAGGCUCUGAACGGAGGAGAGAAAUGAAACCCGUAUUUUUUUUCCCCCGGGGAGGGCGGGAGGCAGGUUCAUCGAUCUGAAAUCACAAAAAGCAGGGAUUUUAAUUUUUAUUUUGGGGGAAAAGAAACCGUUUCCCCCCCCCCCCUGAAAAGAUAUCAGUUUCCACAAGGACGGUGUGAAAUCCUCUGGACUCCUUUGCUCAUUGUUUGGCUUGUGGCCAUGAUUGGAGAGAGAUCUUUUCUUUCUUUCUUUCUACAAAGAUUCAGUUUCGGGAGUAAGCUUGGGGAGGGGAGGAAAAUACGAAGAGCUUGAAGGUUCAGCUGGCAUGGUUUGGUUCCCCGGGGGGGGGGGGGGGCUCUGUUUUCUCAGUCCACCCAUGGAAGAGAAGAAUUGAAUUGAAACAGUUGGAAGGAAAGAUAGUCAAUGUCUUUGAAAGGAGGGUGUUUGCCCUCCCCGUUUUUCAAACGGGAUCCCUUUUUAUUUUAGUUGAAUCAGGGGGGACCCCGUUGGAUCUCUUCCACUUGCUCUGAGUAACAAACCCAGGUUUGAGAGGGAUGUGGCAAGAAGGGCUUUCUGGUGUUUGGUAAAAUAAAAGGACACCCUCUUUUGUCAGCUGAAGAGAAACUGAAGUACAAAAAAAAAGAUGACAGGUAAAGAACAGGCGGUUCAGAGAAAGCUAAAGGGGAAAAAAAAAAGCAUUGUAGACGUGACACAAGAUCACUGUUCCACAAAGACAUUUUUUUUAUUGUUAGGUUUUCAAAGAAGAGGCCUUCAAAACGGGGGCAAUUCCCAGCCGUGUCAGCUUUUAAGAUGACAGGACUUCAACUCCUGGAAUUCCCCAGCCACGCUCAAAGAAUUUCCCAGGCCAUCUGGGAGUCGAAGUCAGGGCUGGGCUUCAAAAAUUUCAGGAAUGGGUUCUCUGCCCAGUUGCUGGGUGGGCGUGGCCAUGGUGGGCGUGGCCUAGUUGGGGCCUUCUGCACUACAGUUGGGGUAUUUUCACCUUCCACAGGCUAAGGAGGCUUUCCUUGAGACUCUGGGCAAAAACUGCUUUCCCGGAGCUUCAGAGACCCUUUUCCCCAGCCUUCCAGAAUUUCCAGGAGUCUCAUUUUUCCCCUUCCCCGAGCCUCCACACCAGAGGUGGUAUUCAGCAGAUUCUGACAAGUUCUGGAGAACCGA